UUAAAAAUUAAAUUAAAUCUAAUAAUACAAAUUUACAAAAUGAAGGUGGUGAUGGUGUUGAUGAUGGUAGUGGUGGAAAUUGUAUGUUUGGCCACCGCACAAACAACCCUGCCGCCACCGUUACCAACACAAAUUCCCCAACCGCCACCAAUACCACAAUGUAUUAGCACAAAAUUGGUAGAUUGCGUUAAAAGUAUUAAUUACACAAAACUAUUUGAUUCGAUGAUAAGUAACCCUAAUGACAUUCAGUAUCCAUGUUGUUCUGAAUGGGAUGAAGAAAUUAAAGACAAUAGAAAAUGCGUAUGCGACUAUGCUGGUCCUAAUUUGAGUUCAAUGGCUAAUUUUCUUAAAGGAUGCAAGAUUAACGUAUCUCCUGAUACUAUGUGCACAGGUGAAGGGACAAUUACUACUAAGUCUCCAGCUAUAACGGAACCACCACAAGGGUCAACAGAAAGCCCAAGUGCUUUCAGUCCUGCUUCUACACCUAAAGGAGAUGUCACAGGAGCUGCUAAUAAGAUUGGAUCAAUUUUUGUCGCUAGCCUACCUGUUGUCUUGGCAUAUUUCCUGUUUUAGUAUGCAGAGCUCCUAUGUUAUGUUAAUCUUCUGUAUACAUACGCUUUGUAACAGAGAAUUUUGGAGUGUUUCCUGCAAUUGAAUGACGUGUUUUUGUGUUGAUUUUGUAAUUGUU